AUGAUACCUGUGAAGAGAAAAGUUACAGCAACCCAAAAGGGCAAGACAGUGAUGGAUAGGGAUAUAGAGGAGGAUGAGUCUCCCACUGAGGUUCCAUCUCGAUCCUCUCAUUCAGUGCCUGCUUCAGAGGAGCACGAAGGAGCCUCAGCUCCAGCUCUAGUGCCUCCAGUCUCUCCUCCAGGAGCCUUGGGCCAGCAGAUGAUAGAGGCUAUACAAUUAUUGACCCAGUUAGUCGCUGCUCAGGCCCAACGGCAUGGUACGGGUCAAGCACAUACUAAGUUUACUAUACCAUUGGGCAGCUCUCUCACAGCAAAUCAAGAAACCACCCGUUGGCUUUCUCACUCUAGAGAUUUCGCAUUCGGAUUCAAGCAAAUUCAACCUCAAAACCAGUUCUUGCUUUGCAUAUACUAUGCCAAGAUAAAAGACACCACCAUAAUUUGGUAUGCAAAUGAUGGUUAUCCAGUUCCGCGAGGCUCUAUCGUGGAAUUAAAUCCACAAAAUGGACUAAUUCUCGGCGAUCCUCAGGGGAAAAUGAUUUGGAGCACUAGUCCGAUUAUAGCUUGUAAUGUUGCUUAUGUUGUCAUGAAUAAUACAGGAAACUUUGUUCUUGUUGGAAGUGAUUCUUCAGUUUUAUGGGAAAGUUUUCGAUAUCCAACUGAUACCCUUCUGCCUACUCAAAUACUAGAGAUUGACGACAAGCUGGUUUCUCGAAAAUCGGAGUCUUUGUCUGUUCCAGGUAGAUUUUAUCUUCGUAUGUUGAGUAAUGGGAAUUUGGUGCUUGUUACUCAAUCCAGGCCAACAAAUUUCGAUUAUGAUGCUGAGUAUUACAACAGUCAUACUUCUGAUCCUGGAGACGAAGCCAAUUCUGUUUAUCGAUUGAUAUUUGAUGAGUUAGGUUCAGUUUACAUAUUAAAAAGAAAUAAUCAAAAACUUUUGUUGACACCUCCCAAUGUCCCUUCAAUUUCAGAAAAUUAUCACAGGCUAAGUCUUGAUUUUGAUGGUGUUUUAACUCAUUACUAUCAUCCCAAGAGUACUACCUCUACGGGGAACGAAAGGUGGAGUACUCUUUGGUCUUUGCCUGAUAACAUAUGUCUAGCAAUUCUUGGAGAAACUGGAAGUGGAGUUUGUGGGUACAACAAUGUGUGCCAUCUAGGCGAAAAUCAAAGACCAUAUUGUGUGUGUCCAAAAGGGUAUUCGUUGACCGAUCCCAACAAUAAUUACGGGAACUGUAAACCAAAAUUUAUUCCAAGUUGUGAUGAAUUUGGAAAGGGCAAUCCUGAAGAUUUGUAUGAUUUUGAUGUGGUGACGGACGUUGAUUGGCCAUUAUCAGAUUUCGAGAGGAUUUAUCCUUCAGCUGAAGAAGAAUGCAGGAAGGCGUGUUUAGAAGAUUGUUUUUGGGCAGUUGCUAUUUAUAGAAGCAAUAGUUGCUGGAAGAAGAAACUGCCAUUGUCAAAUGGGAGAGUAGAUGCCACUUUGAAUGUAAAAGCUUUCCUUAAAAUAAGGAAAGUUUCAACAUAA